CUUACUCUCAUCUUAAUAUCACGUGACAGUUUUUCGGACAAAAUGGCGUAAAGCGAUUUACCCUAACGACGAACUGACAGAAACAAGUCUUCCAUGCAUUGUCACCCAAGAUGUCGACUUUUGAAACUGACAAAGAAGCAAGAAAUGCAGAGAAAGAAGCCAAAGCUGUUUCCAAAUUGGUUUCCAGGAAAUUGGAAGGGUAUAUGAAUUAUGCAAGAAGAGAGCAAAGAUUUGAUCCAAGUGGCCGGGGAUAUCGAACAAACCCAUUGAUGCAUAAGUAUGAUGUGAUGUACAAAAUGCUGGAAAUGACAGAAAUGGAAGCUGACCACAGGAAAAAGGUUAAAGCUGCUGAGAAAGAGGAAAAUAAAGAAAAAAAGUUGGCUAUCAGUCCUAGGUUGGCAACAACAUCAAGAAGAGUCACCUUGAACCAUGAGGCAGAGAGGCUCACAAAAAAUGCAAAUACUGUUUUUGAAACUUUACCUGUUGAAAAACUCACCAAGAUUCAUAGGUACAGACCACAUAGUGACAACGUAGAAGAUGUCACUGACAAUGGGAAAGUCAUGAAUUAUACACGUCACAUAGGGGCUGCACUACACUCUGAGACAUAUGUGCAGUAUUAUCAGAAAGAAGGCCUAGAAACCGGAUCAAAAAUGAAGUCACCUCGGCUGCAAAAAAUAAAGCCCAAACCCAAAAAUACUGAAAAGAAGUCCCCACGUGAAAAUGAACGGAAAGACAGUGACAAGAAUGAAGACCCUAAACAAGAUGAAAGAUACGCACCAAAGAAUGCAGCUCAUUAUAUGGUCCAGAAUGGAAAACCAAUCUCUCUGGAUGACAAAGAGGAAGAAAAAGAUCUGAGGACCAAGAAAUGGGUAAAAGAAAGUCAAACAAAUGACAAAGAUCCCAAUCUAAAUAAGACUAACAGUAUUAAUAAGAACAGUGAUGAUAAAGAUCAUGAAACAGACGAGUUAGAUACAGCAUCUGUGAUAAGCCAACAAUCAAUGCAAAGUAACGCCAGCCAUAAGAGUAACCAGAGCAAAUAUAGUAACCAUAGCAACAAAAGUAAAGCUAGUACCCAUAGCAACAAAAGUAAAGCUAGUACCAAUAGCAACAAAAGUAACGGCAGCAACCACAGUAAUAAAAGUAAAGGUAGCCACCAAAGUGAGAAGAAUUACUGUGGUAACCUGACUGCUGAUGAGGACAAUAAUAAUGAAGAUGAAAGUAUUAAGUGUGUUGGGGAACAAGUGAAUGACAAAAAUGAUGACCAGAAUGAACAUUCUGAAGAGCAUUUUGACAAAGUGAAAGACAACAACAUUAAUGAUGAAAAUCAUGAUGACCAUGUAAACGACAUGGGUCAGGAAAAUAACAUGGAUGAUCAAAACAAUAAUUUACAUGAUAAUAAAUCAGAUGAUAAUAAUUCAAAUGAUAACAAAUCAGAGCAAAAUUAUUCACAUGAUAAUACAGAAGAACACAAUGAUUUAGGUGACAAUGAAACAAAUGAUAAGAAUGUUGAGAAACAUCACAGUGUCAGUGAAGAUACACAGAGUGCAAGUAGUGCUACUGAAAUCUAUUCUUCCGUAGAACAUAUAGAUAGAAGAUCAAAUAUGCUUAAUUGAAAUUAUUUGCCAGUUGCUGAUGGACUGGUUAUUAUAUUUAAGUUAUUCCAUUGUUUUACCAGUUAAUGUCAUCUUAUACACACAUAGAUAAUGAAAAGUAAUGAAGUUGGCAGUGUUCUUCCAAGCAAGUGGCUGGGUAGUGUAUGUCACAUCCUUGUGAAUUUGAUGCACCCAGUUCAAAAUCCAUGAGCACAUUUUCUACAAAAAAAGGUAAACUUGGGUGCCUAAAAUUUCUUCCUCGUCUCUCAAAGUAGAAUACUUUUCAACUUCAAACUGCACAAUUAUUCUAAUAACCUCAAUCUAUGGUUAUUAUCACCUAGGUCUGAAUAUUCUGAGCCGAUACCUUAAUAUUCGAUCCAAUUGCUUAAUAUUCAGAUAUUCUGAUCACAUUGCUUAAUAAAAUAAAGGCUGUGUACAUACUUUUGUGCUGAAUACAUGUCAUAUUUUUUUAAUAUUAUAAAUAGAAAUAAUUUUGUAAAACAGAGUUGCCAUUUUUCAAAAAAUAAAAAA